CCACUUAAUAAGCCACGUUCAAAUGGGGGCACUGGGCUAAGAAGGACCAAACAACUAUAACAAGCAAUGAUUGAGUCCACCUGGGCGGCGAUUAACUCCUUUCUCGACCUUUGUAUGAUAUCAACACUGCUGCCCUAUAAGGCUCCCGUUUUUUCAACACACUAUGGCUCUAUGCCCUGUGAAUAUUCGGACUAUACAUUCAGAAAGUAUUCAUACGCCUGGGUAUACCGUGCUCUGCCACUGCCACGUCAGUCUUCCACCUGGCGCCAUGAUGCUUGGACCGAGACUCUCACUCCCUCAAAAUGUCAUUCUACUUCACCUCUCGACUGGUUGGCUCACCUCAGCCAGACCUUUGCUGACAGAAUACCCCCCAUCUCUGCAUCACUUCAAAUUAUGAGGGUUUAAUUAAAAAACUGUAAUUCCAUCCAAAAUGUAUAAUGAAAAGAUGCACAGUUUUAUUAGAGAAAUUUGGAGUGUGGGUAAUGAGCUAGGUCUUACAAAUGCCGACAUACACAAGGUAUUUACUUCUGUUAUUGACAAAGAAGAAGAUAAAGAUCAACAGUUGUGCUGCUCUAGAUCAAAAAGACAAAAAAUAUCUUGCCAGAGAAAGGCAUUUGUUAGUUUGUGGCAGAUGACAGUCAUUAUUUUAACAGUAGUGAAAGUGUGUGCCAUUGCUUCAGCAUUAGGCAUUUUCUGCUUUGCAGCCAUAUACCUACACAGUCCAUCUCAGAAGUUUGUCAUGCGUAACAUCCAGGAUAUGAUUUACCCAUUCAUGACCUCUUUAAGAUAUAUUAGCUUACCCAUACUUAAGAGGUAUCCAUACCUUAGUCAGUGGUAUUCAGAAGAGUGUCUAAUCAAAAAUGGUUUCUUUGACCAGUCAAAUAUAGACUGUAGGCCUUGUGAAAAAGAGGUUACACCAGUGUAUGCAGUAGGUUUAAGUUUUUUUUCAGAAACAUAUUAUAACAGUGGAAAGCUAUUAGUUAUUUCAGAUGCCAUGCACAAAAAUGUAACUGCAAAUAGUAUCUUAGAUGGAAUAGACAUUAAUGAAGAAAUUGACCUUGGGACAUUAAAAUGUUACUCUAAGAGUAAAGAAGUUAGCAUUGAGUCUCAAGUAAGGAGAUUACUUUCAGUUGUAAAUGAUGUUCACAUUGAAUGGAAAAUAAAUAGAUUGGAGACUUUACACCUAAUUCGUAAACUCUUUCCAAGGGUAUAUGUGAUUCCAUUAGAAACAGAAGUCUCUCUUCAUAGAUACUUGUUUGUUGAUGGGCCAAUGUCUGGUCCAUAUUCUCUACCUUUAACAGAGUUUGCAAAUGUUGUCCUCAUUCAGGGUGAAGGGAAGAGUCUAAUAACGAUGUUUCCAUCUAAUCACUGUAAAACUAUAUGUCAGCCUGUUGAUGUAUAUUUAGAUCCCUCUCAGGUACUAUUUUUUAACUGGAUAUACUGGAGGCCAUUGAGGCAUGGAGGAAAUCAUACAUCAACCCUUCUUAUGAGUUCUUUCUAUUAAGAGAUAAUUAAUAUAGGUUGAAGAGAGGUGAUAGGUAAGUCAUGUGCCAUAAAUUUAUAUAUAUAUAUAUA